AUGGACGCUUACUGCGCUAAAAUCUAUAAACUUGAGGCCCACUUUGAUGGUCUUGAGUUCCACUAUGUCCCUAGGAACCACAACAUUGCCGCCGACGUCCUGUCCAAGCUUGGCUCCAAGCGUGCGCAGGUUCCGGCCGGUGUCUUCAUAAAAGAUCUCCGGAAGCCUUCCAUCAAGAUUCUAGACCCGGAGCAGAGCGACGCUGGCGCACCGGCUUCGGCCGACCCAGCUGCUGCUAACAUCAUGAUGAUUGAGGCAGAAGAAGACUGUCGCACCCCAUUUAUAGCCUUGAUCAUCGACCAGAUGGUGCCAGAGGACAAGAUCGAGCACGAAAAAUUAGCUCGACGGAGUGCAAACUACGUCGUCAUCAGCAAGGAGCUCUACAGAAAGUCCGCAUCCACAUGCAUCCUAAUGAACUGUAUUCUGCGCAGAGAGGGCCUCGACCUCCUGCAUGAGAUCCCCUCAGCACAUGUGGCAACCACGCUGCCUCGGGCACUUUGUUCGGCAAGGCUUUUUGCUCUGGUUUCUAUUGGCCAACAGCGGUAG